CCCUCUCUCACCUGCUGCGCUGCGAAAGUGAGUGUCCAAUGUAUGACAUGCACAGUCUGCAUUCGACUGAUGAGGAUUUUAAGUGGAUACGUCACAAACAAGGAAUAGAGGAGAGGGAGGGACGGAGCAGAAGAGGAGAGUAAGCCAUGUACGGAGAGCCAGUGAGAGAGGGGGCUAUAUUGACUCAAAGCUGGUCUUCAUGCUCCUUAGUGUGUGUGAGAGAGAGGCAGACGUGAGAGCAAUUAAGAUGGAGUGCUGGCAUAGAUGAAGACUGCCCUGGUCCCGUUCAGCAGCCCACAUGAGCGUCUCCAAACCACCGCCGCCCCCUUCCGCCUCCCACCUGACCAUCCCACCUUCCUCUACUUCCACGACCUCUUCAUCGGCCUCCUCCCCGUCGGCCCUGCCCCCUCCCUCGCCCGUCAAGAUUUCUAUGCAGGAGCACUUUGCCAUCAACGUGUGCCCGGGUCCCAUCCUCCCUAUCCCACAGAUCUCAGACUUCUUCCCGCGUUUCCACGACUAUCCCUGCACGCCGCCACCCCCGCGGGAGAAGAAGAUCCUUAAGGAGGAGACUUUCAACGGUGAGAUGGGCGGAGGCUUCAAAGAUGGCGAGAGGCGGGGGGACAACGAUGGAGACAGGGAGGAAGUCGCUGACUCCGAUGAUGACGACACCUAUUUGGGGACGUUGGAGUUCACCCUUCUCUUUGAUCAGGAGAAUAACUGUCUCCAUUGCACCAUUCACAAGGCAAAGGGACUGAAAGCCAUGGAUUCCAAUGGGCUGGCUGAUCCCUAUGUCAAGCUUCAUCUUCUUCCUGGGGCUAGCAAGGCCAACAAACUUCGCACAAAAACUCUGAAGAACACACUAAACCCAGUUUGGAAUGAGACACUGGUGUAUCACGGAAUCACAGCGGCUGACAUGACCACCAAAACGCUCAGGCUGUGCGUAUGCGACAUGGACAGACUGGGACGAAAUGAAUUCAUCGGCGAGGUGAGAGUGGCUCUGAAGAAGCUCAGAGAGGGUGACAACAAACGUUACAAUAUGGGCUUGGAGAGAAUUGCACAGAACAAAGAAUCCAACAAUCAAGCAGUGGAGCAGGGAGCGCUGGUGGCAGAGGAGGAGCGGGGGCGCAUCCUGGUGUCGUUGUGCUAUAACACGGAGAAGGGCUGCCUGCUGGUUGGGAUCAUACGCUGUGCCCAUCUGGCCGCCAUGGACUCCAAUGGCUACUCUGACCCCUUUGUCAAAAUCAUCUUACAGCCAGACAUGGGGAAGAAAUCCAAGUACAAGACGUCGGUGAAGAAAAAGACUCUCAACCCUGAAUUCAAUGAGGAAUUUUCCUAUGAGGUGACUCUGGACUUGCUGGCUAAGAAAACCCUUGAGAUCUCAGUGUGGGACUACGACUUGGGAAUGAGCAAUGACUUCAUAGGUGGCGUGGAGCUAGGCAUCAACGCAAGCGGACAGAGACUCAGACACUGGUUCGAGUGUCUCAAAAACAAAGGAAAAAAAGUGGAGUACUGGCAUACGCUCACACAGCAAGGAGCCCCGAGCAGCGACAAAACGGACUAAAUCACACCAGACACACAGUAAACACACAUGCACCCCCCCCUGAAAGAUCAAAGAAAAGAACAAAAACUGCAAUAAUAAUAAUAAUAAUAAUGUCAUCGUGAUGAAGAUGAAAUCCGUCAUUUAAUGCCGACAGCUCCGAUUCUUUGUAAAUGAUCUUCAUUAUGACAUCAGUGAUGUUAAAAAAAGUGUGUUUAUUUUUUUAUGGUGAACCAAAUUGCCCUCAUAAAUGUAACAAAAGGGAUACACACAACGUUGUCAUUUAGACCUUGUGCAAGUCGCUCUAAUGUCCUUGUUCAAAUGUACAACUAAUGAAGAGAUGAUUAGAAUUCACUCCAUGAACGAGGCCAGCAACUGUGCGAGGCGAUGUGACUCUUUGGGCCGGAUUUACUAAGAUCCCAAAUAAGAGGCGCUAAAUUGUCUGUGUGCGCACUUGUGCACUCUCUCUAACAGAUAGCGGCAUGUUUUUAGCAACAGGUGUUUUUUUUUAUGGAAGGUUUUGAGCAUUUGAGGUACUGCAGAUAGUUUUCACCUUUGCGUGUUUGCUUGCUCCUGCCUUCAGAGGUACUUAUUCAAAAUCAGCCAUCGCAAUUCGUCUCAGGUUUAUUAAAUCACAUUGAGCUUGCCUAAGACAUCGAUUGCAUAUACUUUUACCAAAAUGAAAUGUAUUUUGUGCAUUUGGUGAACGCAGUCCGAGGUGCUCCCUGUUAGCUUCCACAUCUGUUUGCGUGACUAGUCAAGUUUGUGCCUUUUUCGCACAAGAAACUCUUUAGUAAAUCAGGCCCACAGUGUCAAUACACCAUCGCUAUGCUGGCUUGUAUAGUAACGCAGUCUCAUUACUUUAAAAGCACAAAAAGAUCCAUUCGGUGGAUUUGUUCCUUUAACAUGUCAAGUGUUUUGAACUUUCAUUGUCUUUGUGACUGUAAUCUAUGUGUAUGUGUGAAGCAGGCAGUGAGAAUUUGAGUGCCUGGAUUUUCUGUCUUUGCAGCAUCUCUUUUAACAUGGUGCCCUGUUCCAAAUAUCACAACUGAACUUCAAGAAGCACAGUCUGUGGCUCAAUGUGAGUGUGUGUGUGUAUGAGACAACAGAAUAAGGGGGACACAAGGAUAGGAAUGAAGCAGCGCAGCAGACAGCAACCCUCUGCUGCCUCUAGUGAUUGUUUUCAUUCCUGCAUGGAAAGCACAACUGACAAGCUGUCAAUCACGUGUCAUCUCAUCGGUUCACAAUCAUAGAAGUAUUUUUGAGACGGCUGCACAAUCCAAUGAGAUCCAAUACAAGAACUGCAUUAAAAGAUGUCCCUCACAAAGCUUUUGAGGGAAAGGUGGUUGUAAUAUUUUGCGACAUUUUGAUUCAGCUCAUGUCUUGGUUCUCUUUUGAUUGCGUGCCUAAUGAAGUGUCCAGUGAGUGUUUAUGCCUCAAUGCAUUCACUUUGCUGCAUACUCAUCGACGUGCAAAAAGAUUGAUGUUUGAGAGGUGAGCUUCUCAUUGUUACUCCAAGUGUAUAAUAUCAAUCAAUAAAUGAUGCAAGUUUUAUUUCCUGCAGGCCAAUAUCAUGCAGUAAUUCAUCCAUUCGCGGUGCUGUCACUUGAUUUAUGGGAAUGACAUUGCUUUCAACUCCUCUAAUACAUCCUAAUAGAGUGUGUCACUUGGAGACUCACGACAUAAGGACUUAAUGACCAUUUCUGUGAUCAGUUCUUUUUAUAAUACGAAUGAAUAUCAGGUUUAUUUUCAUACACUAAGUGGCAAAGAUGACCCGAAAUCGGUCUGUGGAAAACGUGAAAGCUGGUUGUAAACAAAAGUAUCCCCUGCUGAGUCUUGGCUUGUUGACAACAUGUGUGUGUCAUUUAUCAACAGCCCUUAACCGGGCUCUGGUCAACUAACGCACGCCCAGAGACCUGAGGGAUGUUCAGUCCAAUCGAUUCAUCGAGUCCUUCUACAACCUUGUGAAAGAGUAUUCUGAAUGGGGAAAAAGGACACAGGUUUAAAAAAAAAAAAAGCUAUGAACAUGACUAUGAAAACAGCUAAGUCUUUGGAUGGCUUUGACAAAAAAAGCUUGAGCUAACAUGUUGGCUCCUCCUUUUCUUUCUCUAUGCAUCAAAAGCUCCCAGUGUGAUGAGAUAAUCAAACCAAAAUGAAAUGAUUGUGAUAGAUUCUUUGUCAGCGGCUCUGCCCCUCUUGCAUGCUUUGCUCACAUUUGAUCUGCAAUGUAGCUGCAUGCUUAGCAAUAAUCAUCAGCUUGUAUUCGUGGAGCGUGCUGAUAUGUUGACAGUUUGUGGCAUCAGCGUGCUUUUUUUCUGUGCAGGAUGUCAUUCAGGAUGUUUGUAUGUGCUACUUUGUGUUUGACACUUGCCUUCCGAAACGCUCUGAGUGGUAAAAAUGCAAAGAAAGGAAGAGGGCUGUGAGAAGUCUUGUUUAUUCAGUUACGAUCGCAGUGUGACUGGCACCAUGUGGUCAUGUUGUGUCACUACUUCUCAAAAUAAACAAAAGUCGUUUCACCA